UACCAGCCCAUCCAACGUUUUACAGUCGCACUUAAGUGUCUUUUUAUUGAAAUAAUAAAAUAAACAUGUCGCUAACGAAUUAUUAUUCCAUGAUGGGGCUCCAGACCGAGGAGCCGUACGGUGCACACUUCAUCCCGGGAAGCUUGCAGGGUUCGACGGCCGGCUGCGCAAAGCCAGCCCGGGGAGCGGAGGAGGAGGAGGGGACUCCCAGCUCACACAUUCCGGAUUUCUCACAUUUUUCCAACAAACAAACGAGCUUAAAUGGCUUUUCUCCUUGGACAAACACCUCCACUUCCUCUUCAUCGUCUUCUCCGCAGCUGCAGUCCGCCCCCGGUGCCUCCAUCCCCGGCCUUUUUCAUCCACAUCACCUCUUGAGUCACCACCACCCUUAUUACGGCCCACAGGCGCAGGCACACGCCGAACACCUCGCAUCCUCGGCCGCUUCGGAGAGCAGGUUCGUCCGCUGUUGGGAGGGGGCGACUCCCACCUCGGAGACCGCUCUGUCACAAGCUCCAGUCAGUUUUCCCGGGUGUCUCCCCGCUCAGGGUGACCUCUCCAAUCCGAGCCCCAGGUACGAGGCGAUUAAACCGGAAAGCUCACCGCCGGCACACGACAGCCCCGGGGAUUCUAGCUUCGCCAGCCCGGCUGAGGUGGUCCUCGAGCGGCUUGGGACCGUGGAGGAGCUGGGAAGAAAGCCCGAGCCCAAGAAAGAGGAGGAGGAGAGAAAAACACAGCAGAAGCAGCCUGACCCGGAAAAUCCAUCAGCCAGUUGGAUCCACGCCAAGUCGACCCGGAAGAAGAGGUGUCCGUACACCAAGCACCAGACCCUGGAGCUGGAGAAGGAGUUCCUCUACAACAUGUACCUGACCAGGGACCGGCGCCUGGAGGUGGCAGGACUCUUAAAUCUGACAGAGAGACAAGUCAAAAUCUGGUUCCAGAACAGACGGAUGAAGAUGAAGAAGCUGAUGAUCCGUGAGAGGAGGAGUAUGAACGAAUGAUGGAUUGAGAGGGGACGCUGGGGUUGGUUUUUUUUUUUUUUUUUUCCAGGAUGGGAGAGGAGGUUUUGAGGUUAGAGCUGAUAAGAAAAAAAAAAAAAAGAAAAAAAAGAAACACAAUUCCCCAAGAUAUCCGACAUCUUUAACACCGACUGGCCCCAUCAGUACAGAGCAGUGGCUCGUGGGGCUGACAUGGCCGCCUCGGAAAAACUACAGAGGUGACACUGCAGGGAAGACCAAGAUGUGUUGUAACACUUUAAAAAAAAAAUAUUCCUAUCAACCUCUUUCGACCUUUGACCUCAUGUUGUAGAAUUCUUCCAUCCGCAUGUUGCAAAAUGAAGACAGUUAACCUGUAACCUGGGACAGUUGUAAAUAAUACUCAGAGUGAAAUGGUAACAUUCACACAGAGAUCCAUAAAUUGAAACAAAACACACACUAGUUGAUAUCAAAGACUUUUCUCAUUUUAAAACACAUCUGUUUUUGAUAAGGUUGUAUAUCUCACAUGUCCAGACUGAAAACAUUUGACACACACUUGAGUUCACAUAAAUUGUCUGUGCUUUCUGCCAAAUUGCGAAUCGUGCUUUAUGAUUUAGUGCUAAAACUAUCAUCCUCAUAAAAGCUGCUUUCAGCGUGCCAGACGAGGCUGUACUACUAUCAAAGACAAACCCCAGGAGUGGUCUUAAGGCCGAGCACCUGUCUUUUACGGUCUGAAAUAGUAGUCGCGGAGCAUUUAGUUGAAAUUAAAAUGGAAUACUUGUUUAAACGACUGCUAAACAAACAGAAGCCUGACACUUUAAACUAAUGAGAAUAAGGCGAAACUGGAGAGAAGUGAUGAGUUUCAGUUUCAAUAUGAUGGGUUCAUGUUCUUUAUUGAUCUGUUUGUUGGCUUUAAUUUAAAGGUUACAUCUGUCAAUAUUCUUGGUUUCAAAUACUGUAGUUUUAAGUGAUUUGCAUGGUUGAAUGUUUUUGAAUCUUAAGACUCAAAGCACAUUUAGUGUGGCCGGACUUAUUGUCUGCUGCUAGUCAGUCUCAUCGCUUCUGGCUAACAAUGCCAUUACCAUGACAUAAAAAAACAAACACAUGUGAAAUUGUCAUUUUCACAUGUGAAAUAUCUGAAAAGAACAUAUGCCUAUAUUUGAAAUCAUCACAUGUGAAAUGCUGUUUCACAUGUGAGGAACCACAUGUGCCUGAUUGUGAAUUUUUCACACUUGAAAGGGUCUUCCAUGUGUGAUGAACAUGUUUCAGAAGUGAUAAAUUAACGUGCGCUUCUUUGUAAGGGAAAGUUUGUUCAAACCAAAGUUGAAGAAGUGUCAGAAACAGAAGUUACUGUGAACUUCCUGUUAAACUGAAACAUCCAACUGAUUACGCACACGACAACAAGGUCAGAUGUUACAGUGACUUUGUGUCGACUAUAUCCAGUAUUGCAUUUCAAUGAGCUCUUUCUGAGUUUCCAGCUGAGUUAAAUCUUAACGUGCGCUGUUGUCUGUCCCUGGUCCUGGACUGAACACAGACACAAAAUGUGUAAAAAAAAAAAAAUAGUUGGACAACCAGAGGUUUAGAUGCAACCUGCUGAAACACGUAUUAUGUUUAUCCACAACCUUAUAGAUUAUUACACCGCUUGCAGUUGUAACCUUAAUGUGGAAGAUUAUCUUUAACAAAUCUUUUAUUCUGGAACAGAAAAGUAAGUCAAGUUGUCACGGUUGAAAAAAUGUAACAAUAAAAUAAAACAUAAACAUACAAUGUGCGUCAGGCACGUCCAGGUGAGUAAUGCUGCUUCAGAGGCCUCAGAGAGAUGUGUUACAACCAACCCUGGUCUCCCCUAAAACAAUAUUCAAAAGGAACUUUUAAAGUUGUGUUCCUCAAAGCAGAAUGAGCUUCUUCCUUUGUUCCUGCUUUUAUAGACUGUGCAUGUCGCCUCAUGGGCAAAUUUGUUGUUAUAUUGUUGUUGUUGUCGUUGCUGUUGUUGUCGUCAUUGUUGCUAUGUGUAUGUGUUGUUACUGUGGGUCUAAUGUGCAGAUAUGGUCACGCCUAUAUUCCUCUACACACACACACACAGACACACACCAUUCCACUGUGGACACUCAAACCUCAAUUCACACCAGACCCCGAACAAUAACCCGGACCUCAGAAAUGAUGUUUUACCUCAUUGGGACUACUGGUCUCAACAAGGACUGUGUCUAUAUUGGAAGAGAUCCCAUAGAGGUAACAAAAACACACGCACACACGCACACACACCAGUCACGGCUAAGCUAUGGUGUGACAGCAGUCUGAUGGUUAGUCUUCAUGUUUCACUGUUACCUCCUGGAACAAACAGCUCAUAUAAGACCUUUUACAAGAAACACACACGCACACACACACACACACACACACACACACA